AUUUUUAAUAUCUUUUCAGUUUUUACAUACCAAGAAGCAUUUUUAACAACAUACAGAACGUUUAUUGCGCCAUCUAAUUUAAUAGCAAAACUUUUACGCCGAUUUAAGUAUUUUUAUCCACAACCGGAUAAAAAGCCUGAAAAGAAAAAGGAAGCUUUUGCUUUAUUAAUACGUGUAGUAAGUGAUUUAACGCCAUUAGAUUUAGAUAAAAACGUACAACAAAUGUUAAUGGAUUUCGUACAAUUAUUAAUAUCAUACGGCGAAAUAACGUUAGCCAAAGCUUUAAGGGUAAAGCACCUCGAUAAACACGAUUGCAAAGUGUUAAGCCAACGUCCCCCCGUUGUCGAGAUAACAACAAAAACGCCACAAGCGAGUUUAUUAGAUUUCAAAUCGGAACAAAUCGCCGAACAAAUGACGUUUUUGGAUGCGGAGUUGUUUGUGAAAAUUGAAAUACCCGAAGUGUUAAUUUGGGCUGAAGAACAAAACGAAGAGCGAUCGCCGAAUUUAACAAGAUUUACGGAACAUUUUAAUAAAGUUUCUUAUUGGGCUCGAACCAAAGUACUUUUAGCUGAUGCGAAAGAUCGCGAAAAAUAUUGCAUUAAAUUUAUUAAAAUAAUGAAACAUUUAAGAAAAAUUAAUAACUUUAAUUCGUAUCUUGCGUUAUUAUCGGCGUUGGAUUCGGCACCAAUUCGUCGAUUGGAAUGGCAAAAACAAAUUCAGGAGGGAUUAAAAGAGUAUUGUGCCCUCAUUGAUAGCUCAUCAAGUUUUCGAGCUUACCGAAUGGCUUUAGCUGAUGCUCAACCACCUUGUAUACCAUAUAUUGGAUUAGUUCUUCAAGAUUUAACAUUUGUUCAUAUAGGAAAUACGAAUUUACUUUCAAACGGUUUAAUUAACUUCUCAAAAAGGUGGCAACAAUAUCACAUAGUCGAGAAUAUGAAGAGGUUUAAAAAAUGUUCUUAUCCGUUCAAAAAGAAUGAAAAGAUAAUCGACUUCUUCCAAAAUUUCGACGACCACAUCUCAGAGGAUGAGAUGUGGGCGAAAUCGGAGGCGAUAAAACCCCGGGGUUCGAAAAAGACACAAUGAAAGAUUAGAAAAAGAAGUUUAAUUCAAAAAAUUGUAGAAAAAAAAAUUCUUUGAAGAUGUUUUAGGAAAAUGUUAUUAAUUUUUUUUUAAGUUACCCAAUUUUAAGGCAUUUAAAUGAGUUCUUUUAUGUGCAGUAAAAGCUAGAUAUAACGGAUUAAUAUGCGUCUGAAGAUGCAUGGCUAAACCACCAACUUUCUAGUUCUAGGUCUAGUGUCAAAAUAGUGUAAAAUAUACAACAAUCUAAUGCUGAAUAACAACUAAAGGCGAAACUAACAAUAGCAUUAGAAGUAACACUAGAUCUAGAACUAGAAACAUUUGAGUUUAGCUGUGUGCCUCUUAAGAUGGGUAAACCAGAAUGUUUCUAGUUGUAGGUCUAGUGUUUGUUCUAGUUUAAUAAAAAAUGCUAAAUAACAAUUAAAACU